UUUGCAACAAUUAUGUUAAGUGAAGCUAAAAGAAUUAAGAUUUAAGACACAAAGAAAAAGAAAGAAUUGAACAAGAAUUGCAACAACGAUGACAGAAUCAAACGCAAUUGCGAAUGGAUUGGCUGGUGCAGGUGGUGGAAUCAUUGCUCAAAUCAUCACUUAUCCUCUUCAAACGGUAAACACGCGCCAGCAAACUGAGAGAACACUAAAGAAGAACAAGCAAAGUUUGCCCUCCAACACAACCACUGCUCCUAGCACUCUUCUUCAGAUCUUUCAGGUCAUUAAAACUGAGGGUUGGGGUGGACUCUACAGUGGCCUCAAGCCUUCUCUUCUUGGAACUGCUGCUUCUCAGGGCAUUUACUACUAUUUCUAUCAAGUUUUCAAGAACAAGGCAGUGGCGAUUACAGCUGCUCGGAAGGUGAAAGGGCAUGGAGAUGGUACUGUUGGGAUGUUUGGUUGGCUUGUUGUGGCUGCAAUUGCUGGGUCCUUGAAUGUGUUGUUUACGAAUCCAAUAUGGGUUUUAGUGACUCGGAUGCAGACUCAUACUCAAGCAGAAAGGAAAAUUAUGGAUGAAAAGAAAGAAGCUUUAAGGAAGGCUGCUUCUGAGAGCGCCAUAGCAGACUCCACAUUGCAAGAUAAAUUGGAUGAACUGAAUUCUAUGAAACCUCGACCAUAUGGAACUAUACAUGCAGCUAGAGAAGUGUACAACGAAGCGGGUACAGUAGGAUUUUGGAAGGGUGUCUUCCCUGCCCUUAUUAUGGUAUGCAAUCCAUCAAUUCAGUUUAUGAUUUAUGAAAGCUCAUUAAAGCAUCUAAGGGCAAAACGUGCAGCUAAGAAGCAAGGGAAUACAAGUAUAUCUGCUUUGGAGGUCUUUUUGGUGGGAGCAAUAGCUAAGCUUGGAGCCACUGUGACAACAUAUCCAUUACUAGUUGUGAAGUCAAGGCUUCAAGCAAAACAGGAGAUUGGUGGCAAUAACUCCUUAAGAUACUCAGGUACUUUUGAUGCUGUACUUAAAAUGAUCCGUUAUGAAGGAAUAACUGGCUUCUAUAAGGGGAUGAGCACAAAGAUAGUGCAGAGUGUUUUUGCAGCCUCUGUUCUGUUUAUGAUCAAAGAGGAGCUUGUUAAGGCUUUUAUAGUUCUAACCAAUAAGAGCAAAAAGGUUGCAUCAAAUUUGAGUAGUUGACUUCUUUACCAUAUGAAAAGGAUAAUAAGUGUCACUUGGUUUACUUCUCCCUAUUGGUUAUUCACCGAUUGUGGUGAGAGAGAGGUGAAGUCCUCACCAAAAUAAUUGGAUGAAGUUAACUCCACUAGUGUAGAUGAGGCAUCAUGAAGUGCCGCAGAACCCUUUGGAAUAUCUCAUAGUUCAUUUCAAGAACCAAGGAACUGAGAAAAUUCAACAAACAUGAGAGUGACUUCUUCCAACAGUAGUGUUAUGCAAUCAUUCUUUUCCAAAGAAAUAAAAACCAAAGUGCUUUGUGUAUAAUUCUUGAAAAAUUAACAGACAAUCAUUAUGCUGAGCCAUUGAAUUGCUUUGUAUGUUGGUAUGGUAAGAAAAGUUCAUAUGUCUAGAGAAAAGAUUUACGAUAC